AGAGCCGUCGAAAAUUACUGUCCCACCACCAACCUCCGCCCCUGCUGCCAGUCAUGCCACUGACAGACGUGCAAUACUCUAGAUGUUACAGUCAAAUCUCUUAAAAGAGAGGCCAUCUGACUUAACCAUCGUUUUGGCCGACGGUGUUUGGUGUGGAUGCGAUAAACGCCGACACUUCCGCGGUUCGGAGGAUCUGAUUGCUGGCGUAUGUAUGGGAGUGAAGUGGGGAAAGCGAGGAGAAGAAGAGGAGGUUUGAUUUGUCUAGAGGCACUCAGUGGGAGGAGCCAUGACUGAGGGGGAGGGGCAGUUCUACAGCGUGCAGGUGGGUGACUCCACCUUCACCGUGCUCCGGAGGUACCAGCAGCUCCGUGCCAUCGGUUCUGGUGCCCAGGGUAUCGUCUGCUCUGCUCUGGACACCAUCCUUGGCUUCCCAGUUGCGGUGAAGAAAUUGAGCCGACCAUUUCAGAACCAAACCCAUGCAAAGCGGGCAUACAGAGAGCUGGUUCUGCUCAAGUGUGUUAAUCACAAAAAUAUCAUCCGUUUACUUAACGUCUUCACACCUCAGAAGUCACUGGAAGAAUUCCAGGAUUUGUAUUUGGUGAUGGAGCUGAUGGACGCUAGUCUUUGUCAGGUGAUCCACAUGGAUCUGGACCAUGAGAGGAUGUCCUACCUGCUGUACCAGAUCCUGUGUGGCAUCAGACAUCUGCACUCAGCUGGCAUCAUACACAGGGACCUAAAGCCCAGUAACAUAGUAGUGAAGUCGGACUGCACUUUAAAGAUCUUAGACUUUGGGCUGGCCAGAACCGCCUGCACUAACUUCAUGAUGACACCCUACGUGGUGACCAGAUACUACAGGGCACCAGAGGUCAUCCUGGGCAUGAAAUACAAGGAGAAUGUGGAUAUCUGGUCAGUUGGCUGCAUCAUGGGUGAAAUGGUGAAAGGGAGCGUCAUAUUCCAGGGCACUGAUCAUAUUGACCAGUGGAAUAAGGUGAUCGAGAUACUGGGCACCCCCUCUCUGGAGUUUAUGAACCGUUUGAUGGAGACUGUUAGAAACUAUGUAAUGAACAAACCCCAGUUUCCAGGAGUCAGUUUUAAUGAGCUUUUCCCCGACUGGGCCUUUCCUUCAGAAACUGAGCAUGACAAGAUCAAAACUAGUCAAGCACGCGACCUGCUGUCAAAAAUGCUGGUGAUCGACCCUGAGAGCCGCAUCUCUGUGCAGGAGGCUCUUAGUCAUCCCUACAUUCACGUGUGGUAUGACCCAGCCGAGGCUGAUGCGCCUCCUCCACAGAUAUCAGACAAGCAGUUGGAGGAGAGGGAACACAGCAUUGAGCAAUGGAAAGAGCUGAUUUAUAAAGAGGUAAUGGACUGGGAGGAGAGGAACAAGAAUGGAGUGCUGAAAGAGGAGUGUUUAGAUGGCACGGUGAACAACAGCGCCACCGCCUCCCAGUCCUCCUCUAUUAACGACAUCUCGUCCAUGUCGACGGAGCAGACACUGGCCUCCGACACCGACAGCUCUUGCAUCGACACUCUCACUGGAGCGUUAGAGGAGUGACAGUGAGGCCUGGCUUCCACCUCCCCUGCUCUUCAAACUUAUGUCACAUCCCUUCCCCUUGUCUAUGUGGGCCAUGUUGUAAUCUUGACUGAAGAGAACUGUGAUUGCAUGUUCACGUGGCUUCAAGUUUACAAUCUUUUUCUUCGCUCUCACUUUUAAGGGGCCUUUUGUCUUUCUGUUCUUUCUUUUCCAACUCUCAUAUUAAAACGCAGAUGUUUAAUAGUAGCUUUUAGAAAUCUUGAUUAUAUUAUACAACAACAACAACCCAGAUUUGCCUUUUCAAUGGGCCUUAUUUAUCCAUUUCACUGUUCAAAGGGAUAGUUCACCUAAAAAUGAACAUGUUUUCAUAAUUUACUCAACUCAGUGUUGUUCCGAACUUGUAUUACUUGCUUUCUUCCUUGGAACAUAAAAGAAGAAAAAUAGAAGAAAAUGUUUGUCUGGUCCCAACACAAAGAUAUGAUAUGGCUUCAGAAGACUUAGAAAAUAGUGCACAUGUCAUAUGGACCACUUUUAUUUGAAAUAUGAAAUCUCCCAGUCCCCAUUUGUUGUAAUUGCAUGUAAAAGAGCAACCCGCUACAUUCUUCAAAACAUCUUUUGUGUUUCAGAGAAGAAAGAUUUGCAACAACAUGAGGGGGAAUCAAUAAUGACAGAAUUUUCAUUUGUGGAUGAACUCUCCCUUUAAUCCAUCUUUACUCAUUUCUUUUAGAUUAAAAAAAAAAAAACUACCUUUAUGGAUGGACAAAUAUGAAUUAGAUUACCGCGUUAAUGCAUUCACACAUUCACAUUUACUGUCAUGUGAACUAAUAUGAACUGCCAUCUUUUAGAAAGUAACCUACUGCAGCAGCUUGUGUAAUAAUAUUUAGGAUCAAUGCCAUCAUUUACAGUAUGUCUUCUCUUUCUUUUUCUCUCUGUCUGUGCGAUGUUGCUUUUAUUGCCUUUCAUUUCAUCACCUAAAAGAAGCACAGAUAUGAAUUAUUGGACAACAUUGGCUGUGUCUUGUUUGGAAGGCUGCGUUCUAGGUAGGACGCGUCCUUUGAAGGGUGCAGUUUACCGAGCGUCCUCCUUUAAACAAGUCUUAUUUAAACGAGACGGCCUUCGUAGGACAAACGGAAACGGAAUGUAUCAUGGUUGCUAUGACAGCACAGUUGCUAUGAGGUACAUUUUAGGAGAGUUAUAAUGAUGUAAAGAGAAAAGAAAAUAGAUUUUACAGGUGUACUUUUAGUCUAAUACUUUAUUUUAAUUAUAUAUUAAUAUAAUUAUACAUAUUAUAUACUCUGCACCCAUCUACUGAGGUACUUCAACUUGGGAAUUACCAUUACUUGUGUUUGAACAUCACGAAGGAUACACCUCAUGCAUCCUCCGAAUUCCCUUGAAAGUAGGUCGCAUUUGAAGGCUGCAUUCGAAGUGUCCUACUCGCUUUUAUGAAACGAGAAAGCCUCGAUGAAGUAUGCGACCUCCGGAGGACGCAGCCUUCCAAACGAGACACAGCCAACAUAGCUAGUCAGCCCCUCUGGAACAAAUCCCUGUUACAAAUAUUGCUGCAUGUUAUUAACAAAGAACACUUACUAGAAAGACAGACUACAGUCUGUAACUACAGAUCACUGAAAUAUGCCUGAACACAGCUAGAAUCAGAACAGCAGUGCCUGCCUCUGUACAUAGUCACCGUACACACGUUUUCAUAGAGAAUCUAAUAAUGCAUUUCAGAUGGUUAGGGUGUAGUCAUGUGUGUGUGUAUAUAUACGUACAUAGAUUUUGUGUCAAUGUUCAGAUUUACUUUCGUUGUGCUGCGGAAACACACUUUUGCAGCAAAUAUGCUACGAAUAUGCUUUAGCAUAUGUACUGUAAAAACAACAUACUGUAUGUCGAUGGAACUUGAAAUUGCACAUAUAGGUUUUAGAGUGAGCAAAUUCCUUUUAAAAUGAGCAAAAAAUUAACUUGCAUCUGGAUCUGAAAUGUCCUUAUCAAAGCUCCUUCUCAAUGUCAUUCCAAAAGUAAUCACCGCUGGCAAGUUCAUGGCAUAUCUUGUAAGAUUGUACGUUUAAGUGCAUGAGCUAAUGCAAACCGUUGCCUUUUAAUCUCCUUUAAACUUGAAUAGCCCAUAAGAAUGUUGUAUGAAGCAAAUUUGUUUUCUUUCUCUCUCUCUCUCUCUCUCUCUCUAGGGUGUAGUCAUGUGUUUUUUCUUUUUUUUUUUAAUCAGACUUGUCAGCGUGUUUUUAUUAGGGUUGUCCUGAUACCUUUUUUUUUUUUUUUUUUUUUUUUUUUUUAAGAACGAGUACUGAUAGUUAAUUUCUGGUACACGCCGAGUCCGAUACCUAUGUUUUUGUUUUUCCUAAACUCCAUAUGAACAGUUUUAUUUCAGUUUUAUCAUCAAAAUGGUGUUUAAAUAAAUGAAAUAAUUAAAACUUUAAUCAAAUGAAAAUAUAAUUAAUUUUCAACAUAAUAUUGUAUUAUUUUUUAUCAUAUGAAGUGCUUAUAUACAGAGCCUCACUGCACAAUCCAAAAUACAACACUGGAGUUAUAUUUUGUCAAAUAAAGUGCUGCAUAACAGAGCAUCACAGAUGUUAGAUACUGCUCAAGUAAAAUACAAUUAAUACUGAUUUAUUAUUAUUAAUAUUAGUAGUAGUAGUAGUAGUAGUAGUAUUACAGUGAAUAUGACAUAACUUUACAAUAGUGAUAUAUUUCUGUCAUACUUUUUUCUAUAAAUGUACCUUUAAUUUUGACAGAGCUUUUAUUUUUAAGUGUUUCUGUGUUUUGGCCAGGAGCUCUGAGGUUUGAUGGCAGAUUACCACUCUGGAAAAGCUAGUCGCUACAUGACUUAAAGUGAUUAUUAAACUGCAAAAGGCUACUAUUUAAUUAAACAAGUAUGUACUUUGUAUGUGCCUCACACUACCACAUGAAUUUGCACUCUGUUUACUGUCAUCUGCUACAAACAGAGCGUGAUGCUCAUGACGGUGUCUUCCCUGUAUGAGCCUUGGAGGAGCUUUAACAGGAAUGAGCAGCAGGCAUCAGCACAACACUGUCUCCUCACAUUCACAAGUGCUCACAUUUGAAUUACAUGCAAACUAUAUCUUUAUCUCCAUAAAUCGCAGCUUUUGUGGUUAAAUAAUCUCACUAGGACAUAACGUGAUUUUAAUUUGUGGGCUGAAUGUUUACAGAAUGACAUUCGUAUGUCAGAUGGUAUCAGUUUUUGGUAUCGGAGCAUUUUUCCAGUACAUGAGCGUGGUAUCGGGACAUCCCUAGUUUUUAUUUAUUUUCCUUUCAGUGAAGAUUUAUGUCCUUUCAUUGAAACACUGAAUGAUUUUCAUGUUAAUUUCAUAUUAUUACACUACUUUCUUUGUAUAUGUCUAUUCUACCUUGGUUACGGUUUGAAAACGUACUUUUCAGUGAUAUACUAUGGCAAAUGCAGCUAGUCAUCAACAUAGAGAGCUGCUUUGGAAAUCUUUACCAGUCAUAUUUAUGAUGGGAUUCAGCCGUCUCUCAGUGUAAUUGAUCUUCCUCCCUUUUUUUCCCUCUCACAUUGACUAUAGUCCAGUUUUCAGUUUGUCUAGUACCAUUUUAAAAGUUGCCUGUCGAUAUUUCCAACUAUAUAGUGAUGUUAUGUCUUGUACUGAAAGUUCAUUGUUAUGCAUGGAAACACAAGCCCUAUUUAUAAGUCCUCAAGAACCUCAGAAACCUGUGGCUUCCUCUGGUUAUAGAAGAUACCAAUGAAAUGAAAGCCAGGAGGAUGAUGUGAAUGUGCUUUUGAGCUUGUGUGCCUCCAGGUGCUUCUGAUGGACUGAAUUAUCAUCAUCACUUUCAUGCCUUAAGCUUCUCACUAUCAGCGCCACUACAGCUUGGCCUGAAGAGCACAAAACAAUUGAUGGUAAUGGACCUACAAUCAAGUUUUGGUUCUUACUUGGCAAGCUGGAUAUUUGCUAUCAGAGCACCUUCUCUAUUGUUCUUAGAGUUUUCUAUAGAGCUCAAAAGAAAAGUCACAUUUCUUGAUCUCAUUGAGGAUAGCUUGUAGCUCAUUUGGUGCUUCACUUUAAUGUUAGCACAGUGAUCGUGUAUUACGAUAAUGCAGUAGUGCAUUGUGUUCAUAUCAUUUUCAUUUCUUAGCCUCUUGCCCAUUAAUUGUUUUGUGAGCAUUAAUGAAGGAUCUCUGCAGCGUUAAAACUCUCAAGACAACGAACAAAGCUGGCUCACUUUCUCAAGGGCUUACUUUCUCUUCUUUAGGUGUCUGUUUCCCUUGGGGGAGAAAGUGUGUGUAAACAACGAUGUGUGUUUGUCAAUGACAAUCAUAAAUAGAGGUGGAAUUGGUGAUGACUUGAAUAGAUCACUUUUCAGGUCUUCAUUUACUUAAGAUAUUCUCCACUCACAGUCUCCAUCUUCUUAAGUAAACAGUUGUCCUGGUCUUCAUAAAUCAAAAACUCAAUCAAAAAAACUCAAAACUGUAAGAGGAAUAGAUAUCUAACUGCUUUGUGCUAGUAAUGUUUGUUUAGCUUUCAAGUGUUUUGUAUUUUCGUGUUUCUUUAGUGCCCUGUUAGUGGGCUAUGAUGGGAGCAACCAUUCUUGUUUUUGAAUCACAAACCCGACUGAAACAUUUGCAAAACGUAAAAUAAGAUCAACUAUCUACAAUAAUAGAAAGAGAUUUUUUUUUUUCAAUGUGAAAGGAAAAAAUAAAAUCAAACAACUGUUACAACUGGUCAAAUAAAAUGCUCAAAUGAAAACAC